AUGACAGAACCUUCUUCAACUAGUCCCAAAAUUGCCCCAGUGGGCCCUCCAAAACCAGGCCAAUCCAUCCCUGAGUACACCAUGUUGGUUGCAGGGUGGUUGAGGGAAAACUUUAUGGCAGGUGUCCACGUAUCAGAAGUUGCCGCAAAUGAUCCACACAUUGGUAUUGCUGGUGCUAUGGAAAUGAUUUCCCCUGUAGCAAAAGAUUUCCCAAAUUUCAAUAAACCUUUGAAGAUUCCAGGGUUGAAGGAUGAUCAAGUCAGUUGGUUUGUGGAAGCAGAACAUCGGACCGAAAACGAUCCAGUCAUCAUUUAUAUUCAUGGCGGUGGUUAUGCUUUCGGCAUCUAUCCUUCUAUGCUUGAGUGUCUCCAAUUAGUUUAUGAAGGUGCUGCUAACCCACGUUUAUCAAUUUUAGUUCUUGACUAUACCUUGUCAGGAAGUGGCGGUGUCUACCCACAACAAUUGAUCGAAUCAUCUCUAGUUUAUAAUGCUUUAUGCAAAACGAGCAACAAUAUUUGGUUAAUGGGAGACUCUGCUGGGGCUCACGCAAGUUUGUCGCUCGUUAGACAUAUUCACUAUCCAGAGGAAUCAUUACCAGUCAUUGACAAAGGUAACUUACCAAAGGGAUUGAUACUCAUUUCGCCUUGGGUUAAUCUUCAUCCUACCUUCUCUGGAUCUUAUAAAGAAUACUUGGGACAAGAUCUGUUGACCAGCACAAUUUUGUGCCAGAUGGGGGAAUUGUUCCAACCGGACACAGAUUUGGUUGACAGUGAAUUAUUGAACCACUACAAAGCUUCUAAAGUGGAUUGGGAUGCUAUAUUACCAAAACAUUCUAACAUCUUCGUCUCUCUUGGACAGAAAGAGGUGUUGCGUGAUGAUAUUGAGGCAUUUAUCAAACUAGCUAAAUUGCAAGAUGCUACUGUCUACAGUCAACCUGACGGUACCCAUGAUGAAUCAGCAUUCUUCCCUGGCCAAACUCCUUUAACUGGCGAAAUCAUAAAGUUCGUCAAAUCGAUAGUUUAA